CCCUCUAUUCAGUUAAAAGUUUAAACUUAAAACUUUUUAGCUGCAGAUUGCGGUGUCCGAUACACUCCAGCCACCAGUCCAUCACAUUCCUUCUUCUUUUUUCCCCCCUUUAUUCUUCUUACUAUUCUAUUUUCUGUUUUUCAUCUCAAGUCUCAGCCAAUCACCACUUGCCACAAUCCAAAAAGCUGCUUCCCAAUGACCACUCUCGCGUGGCCGCCGGUGACCCCUCAUCCCCGCCGGCCAUAACCAUAACCAUAACCAUAACACCCCUCAUCGCCGCCGCCACCACCACCACCCUCGCGUCUUUCUCUCAGAAGUCAGAAUAUUCCUUCCCCAAAAAAUAAUCGCCACCACUUCCAUUCCUUUUUUUUUUCUUUUCCCAAUUUGAUGCUCGCACUUAUUCCUUUUUCCACCACAUUCCUUGUCCCCUUUCCGAAUCCGAUCCACCACUCCACGUAGCGUAACCGCAUGGGGUCGAACCGGAGGAAGAGCGAGGACCACCCGGCAACGACGCUGGAUCACGCGCUGCUAGCGUCGGGAGAAAGCGCGGAAGAGAGGGAAACGCGGAUUCGCGCUCUCUUCGCCUUCUUCGACGCGGAGAAUUGCGGAUUCUUGGACUGCUCCGCGAUCGAGAGCGGGCUCUCGGCGCUGCGAAUGCCCUCGGACUCGGAGUGCUGCAACUACGCGCAGGACCUGUUCGGCGCGUGCGAUGCAAACAAAGACGGGCGCGUGGACUACGAGGAGUUCAAGAGGUACAUGGAUGAUAAGGAGCUCGAGCUGUAUCGGAUUUUUCAGGCGAUUGAUGUUGAGCACAGUGGGUGUAUUUCGCCCGAGGAGCUCUCGCACGCGCUUGUUAGAGCAGGGAUUCAGAUUGAUGAUGAGGAACUUGCCCGAUUUGUUGAGCGUGUAGACAAGGAUCAUAAUGGGGUUAUAACAUUUGGAGAAUGGAGGGAUUUUCUGCUGCUGUAUCCUCAUGAGGCAACCAUUGAAAAUAUUUACCAUUACUUGGAGCGGGUAUGCUUGAUUGAUAUUGGGGAACAAACUGUUAUUCCUGCAGGCAUUAGCAAGCACAUCCAUGCAAGUAGCUAUCUGAUUGCUGGAGGAGUAGCAGGUGCUGCAUCACGUACAACAACCGCACCCCUUGAUCGAUUAAAGGUUGUGUUGCAAGUCCAAACAACACGAGCUCAUGUAAUGCCUGCAAUAAAAGAUAUAUGGAAAGAAGGUGGUUGCUUAGGUUUUUUUCGAGGCAAUGGCUUAAAUGUUCUUAAGGUGGCCCCAGAGAGUGCUAUUAGAUUUUACACCUAUGAGAUGCUAAAGGCAUUCAUAGGGAAUGCUAAAGGAGAAGGAGCAAAGGCUGAUGUUGGUACUAUGGGGCGGCUUCUAGCGGGUGGUAUGGCUGGUGCUGUAGCUCAGACUGCAAUAUAUCCUCUGGAUCUUGUUAAAACUAGAAUACAAACUUAUGCUUGUGAAGGUGGAAGACUUCCCAGUCUUGGAACUCUCUCAAAAGAUAUAUGGGUUAAGGAAGGACCCCGCGCAUUUUAUAAGGGCUUGAUUCCUUCUAUUCUGGGGAUUGUCCCAUAUGCUGGCAUAGACCUAGCUGCAUAUGAAACGUUGAAAGACAUGUCCAAGAAAUAUAUUCUUCUUGAUGAAGAACCUGGUCCUCUUGUACAAUUAGGAUGUGGGACGGUAUCAGGUGCCCUUGGAGCAACCUGUGUUUACCCAUUGCAGGUUGUUAGAACAAGAAUGCAGGCUCAACGUGCUUAUAUGGGGAUGGCUGAUGUAUUCAGGAUAACUUUUAAACAUGAAGGGUUUAGGGGAUUCUACAAAGGACUAUUUCCUAACCUGCUAAAAGUUGUUCCAUCUGCUAGUAUCACUUAUUUGGUCUAUGAGAAUAUGAAGAAGGGCUUGGAUUUGGAUUGAAGAACUUUGCUGCUUCGUUUGAUAAUUACUCUAAUUGACAUGGCUGACCAUUGGCAACUACAGGAAUGGUUUCUGCAUUGAGAUAUUAAUGACAAGAAUAAAGUCCCUAAUUGAUUUUAUGACAAUUGUUUACAGUCAUUGUUAAAUAACAUCACCUCAAUUCUUGGAGGACGAAAUUGGCUUGUCCUGGAUGCUGCUUCAUUAAACUAAUAUGUAUGAAGCUUCAUAUCCAUGAGCAGAUUUUGUUGUAUGCUAAAAAACACAGUUAGGAUCCGAUUUUGUAACAUGUAAUGGCUCCGAUUGCUAAUCAUAUUCUCUAACAAUUGGUUUUUCUAUCUGUUUGACUUCCCA